GGAGGAGAGAAAAAAAAAGGAAGGAGCCAAGAGAGAGAAAACGGAGGGGAGGAGGAGGGAAAAAAAAGGGAAAAGGGCAGCAGUAGAGCCACCAAAAGCGAAGACGCGAAAGCGGGCACGAACGGAAAGGACGCUGCUGUGACUCUUCAGUGAGGUCCGGGUGACUGGAUGAAGAAGGAGCCACUGGCUACCAGAAUGGACGUGCUGCAUCCUGGCGUUUCCGACAAUCCUUAGUCCUCUGAUCUGCUGCUGAGUCUACUGAACUCUGAACUGUGACCAGUGCCAGUCUGACUGACUCUGUCAGAUCCUCUUGUCUUGUGCCAUGAUGAUGUCAGUAGAUGUGACCAAUCGCAACAGCCCCGCUGCCACACCCCCCACGUCGCUUAACCUGCGGUCUUCACACAACCAGUUGCUCGCCAGUGAUGUCAUCAAACAGGGUUCGGCCACUCCUCCCAAGUGUCGCAAAAAGUACGCGCUAACAAGCAUCCAGGCCGCCAUGGGCCUCGGAGAAGCGGUGCCGCCUUCAUCGUCACCGUCGUUAUCUCCUUCACAACAGUCGACCCCAAAUAACCCCAAGAUAGCUAAGAAUGGGGUUAACCAACUCCGUAAAGCCGGCCAGGACCACAAUAAAAACACAACUGGUCCUGAUGCAAUGGAUGUUGAGAGUAAUUCAGAAACUAUAGCGGAUGAUCCUAACGUCAACACAGUAGAGGAACAUGAUAGUUGCACACUUACCAACAAUGACAGAGAGGAAGAUGACUUUAAGGUUGACGUUGAACUGCUGACGCAAACUACCGGUGACGCAGAGUCCGAGCAGGUGACAGAACCGGACAUGGACUGCAACAUUAACACGACUACGGAGCCCAAACUGAAUAGCAAAACGGAAGAUCUGGACUUGAACGUCGAGGCAGAGGAGGCCGAUGACAUCAGCAUUCUGUCUGAGAAGGAAAUAAUAUCAAAGAUGAAGAUCGGGGAGGAUGAGGAGGCGGAGGAGCAGGAAGACGAGGAGGAGACGCCUUUGCUGGUGACCAAAGGAGAGACUCCAGUCAAGAGCCACAAAGUUUCUCCAGGCCUCGAGCUCAUCUCCGACCUCCAUUCCAACUUCAUGGUCCUCCAGUCGGGGAAAACCCCCGCGCUGCCUCCGCCGCCAUCCCCGCCGAAGCAGCUCAGCCCGGAGGACGUGCCCCUGCUGUCCGUGGCCUCCUGCCCCUCGUCCUCGUCCUCUUCUCCGGAGACCAAGAAGGACAGAAGGACCGGCGCAAAGACGGACUGUGCUCUGAACCGCAUCCAGAACCUGAAUCCCAGUGAUGAAGAGUUGAGCUGGACCACGCUGUCCCAGGAGAGCAACUCACCUGAGGAGACAGAUAUUUGGAGCGAGCAGUCUUUCCAGACUGACCCGGACCUGCCUCCGGGAUGGAAGAAGAUCACAGACAUGGCCGGUAUCUACUACUGGCACAUUCCCACCGGUACCACCCAGUGGGAGCGCCCUGCCACCCGUCCACCUCUCUCUGAACAGACGGAGCCGCCGGCCCUGGUGGUGUCGACACCACGCAAACACUCGCUGGGCUCACUCAGCCCCUCGCCCACUCCUGACCAUGAGUCGUGUCAGGCCGAAGUUUUCUUCAUGGGAUCGACUCGUUCGGGCAGCACCACCUCUGACAGUUCAGUCGAGCCCCUCGCCGCUCACGAGCCCAUCCUCCCCACGUGUGGAUUUGUCAACAGCUGCUACUUUCCUCGUUCCACGUCCCUCCAGGGGUUACCAGAUCAAGAAUGUCGCUCUCAUCAUCACGAAGAUGAAGACAAGAAGCAGGUGUGGAGUGAGUUUGGCGGAAAAAUUGAUAGUGAGGUGUGGAAGGACCUGCAGGCGGCCACAGUGAACCCUGAUCCAAGCCUGAAGGAGUUUGAAGGGGCCACACUUCGCUACGCAUCGCUCAAGUUAAGGAACCGCCCAGCCGUGGAAGAAAACGAGUCCAGCAGCGUCAACACUGACUCGGAGACAAAGUGUUUUGCAGUGCGCUCUUUGGGGUGGGUGGAAAUGGCUGAGGAAGACUUGGCUCCAGGAAAGAGCAGCGUUGCCGUCAACAACUGCAUCCGACAACUGUCCUACUGUAAAAACGACAUCCGAGACACGGUCGGCAUCUGGGGAGAGGGGAAGGACAUGUACCUGGUGCUGGAGAACAACAUGUUGAACCUGGUCGACCCCAUGGACCGCAGCGUGCUUCAUUCUCAGCCAAUUGCAAGUAUCCGGGUCUGGGGCGUCGGCCGAGACAACGGCAGAGACUUUGCAUACGUGGCACGGGAUAAAAACACCAGGAUCCUGAAAUGUCAUGUGUUUCGUUGUGACACCCCGGCCAAAGCCAUCGCCACCAGCCUGCACGAGAUCUGCUCCCGGAUAAUGACGGAACGAAAGAAUGCCAAAGCGAUGGCAGGAGGCUCGCUCCAGGACAGGAUGCAGGCAGGACUAGACCUCCCUUUACAAGCAGAGUUCCCCACACCAAAGACGGAGCUGGUGCAGAAGUUCCAGGUUCUCUACCUGGGGAUGAUGCCUGUGGCCAGACCAAUAGGUUUCUCUGUUCCAGGUAUGGACAUACUGAACGGAGCCAUCGACAGUCUCAUCGGUUCUUCCAACAAAGAGGACUGGACUCACGUGGCCCUGAAUGUGGCGGACGCUACAGUCACCAUCAGCAAAGAGGAGGAUGAAGAGGAAGUGCUGGUGGAGUGCCGCGUUCGUUUCCUGUCCUUCAUGGGAGUCGGGCGCGACGUGCACACGUUUGCCUUCAUCAUGGACGCCGGCGGGCAUCGCUUUGACUGUCACGUGUUGUGGUGCGAGCCCAACGCCGGGAGCGUGUCUGAGGCCGUCCAGGCGGCUUGUAUGCUCCGGUAUCAGAAGUGUUUGGUGGCCCGACCGCUCUCCCAGAAGGCCUGCGGCUCGUCGCCUCCCGGAGACUCCGUGUCUCGCCGGGUCUCCACCAGCGUGAAGCGAGGCGUCCUGUCUCUCAUCGACACCCUCAAACAGAAGAAACCUGUCACUGAGUUACCUCAGUAACCAUGGCAAAAAAACCCUACCGGCUCACCGCCACGGUCCCUAGUUACCAUGGUAACCCGUUGCGUCGCUGCCAAAAACCCCCAUUAACAUCACAGACCCCAGCAAACCAUGGAAAUGCGGCAAAAGCCCCCCAGAGUUCGGGAAAAGCUGUCACAAAAUCCGUUUGAUUUCGGGAGCAAAUUGGAAUUUCACCUCGAGAGUUUCACCUGCUCGCGAGCAGCAAAUUCAGGUCUUGUCUCCUCCACCCAAACUCAGAUGAAUAUACCAAUUAUCAAGAAGGAACAGCCAUGAGGAACACCUGAAUGAUGGUCGUGAAGAUGAAAGUGUAUAUAGAAUCAACUCGCAUCCCCCCCCACAGCACAGAGUGAGGAGAUGGCGCCAAGAACUGAACUGAAGAAGUAGGAAAUGUUCUUUAAGCACAGCAACGUGUGGCGAGAAAAAGCUCAUUGCUGCCCAAAACUGCUGACCUCUCCAUGCUCUCUGUGUUUUUUGUGUCCGUGCCCGUGCUGCCAGCAUGACCUUUCACUCCAGGCCGCAUUCAUGACAUUCACCUGGUUGUCUUGUUAGUCCGUAGGCGCUUCCUCCCCCCACUGGCCCUCCUUCUCAUCGUCGUCAGUAAACUGUACCCGAAGGAAAUGAGAGGAAGGAAUAAUAAAAGCCAUCGUGUCUUGUUUUUUGCUUUAUCAAUAAGCAAUGAGUGGAAGGAGAGGAAAGAAGCUGCUACCGAAUGGAGAGAUUUGUCAGUCUACACACCUUCUAACCUGCUCAUCUGGUCUUGCAUGAACUUUUGAUCUAAAUGUGAACUAUUCUAAACAAUAUCAAUACAGUUGCUGCUGCUUUCAGGGAGAAAAGGGGGGAGAAAUCAGAAGUCACACUUAUCGUUUAUCCGGGUUAUUUUUUUCUUUGUUUUUUCUCCUUGUUUCUCGACAGCUGUGUAAGAAUCAUCCCUUGAUGGUUGGAAACGAGUGGUGACCUUUCACCAGAGGCAUCCUUCAUAUCCUCCUGUUUACUUUACUUUAUUUUUUCUUUCUUUUGCCAUCCGCUUGAAAAAUGACAAUAGCCAUAACUGUUGAAGGAUGGUAGGCGUCGACCCUCUCCUCCCUGCUCGUGACCAGCGCUCGGCCGCUGCUUCAAACGCGGGAGACGUCGGCUUUGCUGCUGCUGCUCUUUGAUACAAAUGCUGGAGGAAAUUUGACUGAUUAUUCCUUUAAAUCCCACCUCAGAAAGUCAUAAGGAACUUCAUGCCCACUAAUACAAGGGGAUUGCCUGGAGGGAGAGAAGAAUUGAGGAAUGUGUUUUUAUACCUGGGUAUGGUUAUUAUUAUUAUUAUUUUUUUUUUCCCUUAAAUUUUAGAAAGAGAGGAAACGAUUUUACUGUGAGCCUCCGUCGUUUCUGGGAGGAAAGCAAAGAGUUGCGUCGACUCAAACUAACAGGGCUUUCCUGGGCUGCUCCGUGUCUCCAGGGUUCUUCUCACUUGAAUGCGCUUUCUCUGUACUCUUACUUGGAGUUUGUUUGUUCAUCAGUGCCAUGAAAUCACUUGUUUUUAUCUGUCGUGUCAAGUUUCUCACACAAAUCUCAGUUCCAAACCACGAGCGCUGUGUUAUUAUCACAAAUCUGACCAACUUGGAUGUACAAUAGAAACCUAAAGUCAUGAACACAAUUGCCCGUAAUGUUACUGAUAGUUGUGGAGGAAGCAGGUUGAUGGUGAACCUCUGUUCAAACCCUCACCAGAAUUCUCCUGACAAGCAGCAAAUAUAACCCUUGAAGCGGUGCCUACAGAUGAAGCUGGUAUAUGGUGCAUUUCCAUUAGGGAGGGUCGGGGGUAAAACGUAGAACAGGAACGAUGACGGGUUUGAUGUCCUCCUUGGUCCUUUUUCUACGGUGGCCGAGACCCGCCAUUGCUGAAAAUUAAAGUAACGCUGCAAACAAAAAGAAACGCCGCUGCAAAUAAAAGAAACGCUGCAAAUAUAAAGAAACCCCGCUGCAAAUAAAAUAAAAAAACGAAUAAAAAAGCCACAAUGGAAGUGAAUUACCGGGGACUAUUUUUGCCAAUGCACCUGUGUUUUUAUUACCUAAUACAUUAAAAAUGACACGUAGCGAUGUUGAACACUAACCUUUUCAUUUAUUUUCUUGUUCGUUGUUCUUCUUAUUCCUCGCUCUUCUUAUUUCUUCCUUUUCUGUUACGUCCUCUUCGUCUUCUUCUUCUCCUCUCACGUAAAAAACAUCAAAAAUAGUCCCCGGUAAUUCACUUCCGUUGCGGCUUUUUUAUUUGCGUCGUUUCUUUAUAUUUGCAGCAGCGUUUGUUUUUAUUUGCAAAGCGUUUAUUUUAUUUGCAAAGCGUUUAUUUUAUUUGCAGCGACGUUUCUUUUUAUUUGCAGCAUUUCUUUAAUUUUCAGCAAUGGUGGGUCUCGGCCACCAUACUUUUUCACGUUAUUAUCUCCCUUCACCAGUGACGGACCCGGUAGGAUCCACUGACUAGCAUGCUACUGCUCCGCACCACUUAGUGGCAGUGGUGCCACACUUUCACUGUUUGCACACCGCUAAAAAAUAAGAAAAAGACAGCAAAGAAAGGGGGUGGGGGGAUGGAGGAAUGAUGAGAUCGGCAUUGGAGGAGCAGAGGUUGCUUCCGUUUCAGUUUGCUGUCGGCAUGCGCUGCAGUGGUGGCGUACUCGUAUUCAAAGAGGACACUGAGACGUCUGUACAACAACGUAUCCUUCCCCCGGCAGACCCAACCAUCACCCAUUGAACCUCAUAAACCUGUUUGCUAAAGAGAUCACCAGUUCUUGCCAUCAGAGUUUCAGUGAAGCUCCUAAAAGUUUCUCUGGUGAUUGAUACAUUUGAAGGAUUUUGAAACUGACGAAUUGUUGACGUUUACAUUUCCCACUUGACUUGAUAUUACUGGACAAUUGUUUUAAUGUUACUGGUAAAUACAUCAUAUACACCUAGUCUGAGCGCGCUGUUCAAUCAAGGGAUCAAAUGGUUUGCUUGUUUAAAUUUGCAAGAACCAAAUAAAAUCAGCAUCAUCAUCAGCUUCCAUGAGGUUAGGCUUAUUUGUGAAACCGCUGCUGGUGCAUCUCGCGUCCUGUUUUGCUCCCAGCGUGGACUUGCUCAGUUAAGGGAACUAGUUUUGUUUUGAGAAAUUUCCGCCACAGCACCUUCUUUGUCACAGACAUGUUGAAAUGGGAAUGAAACUGUGUGUACAUAUUACCCAUUAUGAUGUAACAUUUGGCAUUAAUCAUUGUUAUAAGCUAUCUUUUCACUUUUGAUUGUCUUUAUUUCUCUGUUAUUUCCACGUUACGAUAUGCCUUUUUUUUGAAAACUUACCAAAUGGCCAAAGUGUAUAAAUACGUAUAUACGUUAUUGUAGAUAAGACAAAUACACGAACAAACGAUGAAAGCAGUCGCGGUGAUUUGGAAAAUCGUCAGUCGUCACUUAAGUCGAUACUGAAUUUAACUGUGCAAUUAUCUAUGCAUUCUUUUGGUCUAGAGAAAAUGGAAGUCAUGAAGAAGCCUUGCAUGCCCUCGAAUGGUCGAAAGAGAGACUGUAUGUAUUAAAAAGAAAUAUUUUUAUUUUAUUUAUUCUAUUUUAUAAAGGUAUAUUCUGAUUUUAUUAGUUGGGGCAGGUAAAGUCUCUUGACACCGUCAUCGUUUCAGUCCCUGGUUGACUCUGAACAACAAGCUUCGCUUUGCAGUAAAAAGAAGUUAAAAAAAACCAACCAACUACAGAUAAAGGAAUAUAUACAUAUAUUCACAUUGUACAGUGCUCACUUGGAGCUGGGGGUCCACCGUUGCACCGGGGGGUCGGGAGAUGAAGGAGACGGUGGCAGCAGUGGAUUCCCAGUGUUCCCGUCAAGCUCACGUAAACUACAACAAACACACACUCCAACAGAUGGAUGUGUUGGCUUCUGUUUGCUGCUCACGGAUUUGUACACUUUAUCAAUGUAACCUGUUGUGAGAAUAAACAGCAUUAUAAAAUACA